AUGGCUCAGGAACGUGCUGCUCCCCUCCGUCUCGGCUCUACUGCCCCUGACUUCCAGACCGACUCCUCCAACGGUCCCAUCUCUUUCCACGAGUUCAUCGGCAACAACUGGACCAUCCUCUUCUCUCACCCCGAUGACUUCACCCCCAUUUGCACCACCGAGCUGGGUGCUUUCGCCAAGCUUGAGCCCGAGUUCACUGCUCGCGGCGUCAAGCUGAUCGGUCUGAGCGCCAACGGCACUGAGUCCCACCAUGCCUGGAUCAAGGAUAUCGACGAGGUCAACGGCUCCAAGCUCACCUUCCCCAUCAUCUCCGACCCUGACCGCAAGAUCGCCUACCUGUACGACAUGGUCGACUACCAGGACACCACCAACGUCGACUCCAAGGGCCUGGCUCUGACCAUCCGCUCCGUCUUCAUCAUCGACCCUAACAAGAAGAUCCGUCUCAUCCUCUCCUACCCCGCCUCGACCGGCCGUAACACCGCCGAGGUGCUGCGUGUCGUCGACGCUCUCCAGACCACCGACAAGCACGGUGUCACCACCCCCAUCAACUGGCUCCCCGGUGACGACGUUGUCGUCCCUCCCCCCGUUUCCACCGAGGAUGCUCAGAAGAAGUUCGGCGAGGUCCGCACCGUCAAGCCUUACCUGCGCUUCACCAACAUCAACAAGAAGGAGUAA